UGGAGGUUCCCCCGGCCCCGAAGUUGGCUGCUCCGCCGGGAGCCCCGCGCCGCAGAGCUCGCUCCCGGUCCCUCCUGCCGAUGGGCUCWGCCCUCGCCCUGACCAUGACAGAGAGAGGAGACCUCAGGUAGCCCCAUGGCUCGCAGCUGAAGGCUUUGGGAACUUGGGGCUCUGUUGCCAGAAGGCAGAGAGGGGCAGGAAUCCUCGCCAGCACCACAGGACACAGAGGAGAAGCCAAGGGCAGCCCUGCUCCAGUCACCCCAGUGACCCCAGUGACCGCCCCGAAUCCCACUGGGACCCUGCGGAUCUGAGCUGUUCACACUGACACAACCAUCCCUCGGGGAAAAGGAAUUUCAUCUCCAAGCAGUCUCUCCUGUCAGAGUUGUACUGAUGACCAGAUGCUCURUUUAUUUUAUGUGCUACUGUUCAAACACCCCAAUAAUUAAGGCAGACACGGUUUAAGGCACUUUCCACAGCGACGCAUUCGGAGCAGACCAGAAGGUUGAGGAAAACCUGAUCCAGCACCAUCUCACGGMCUCUCCAAUCUACUCCUAUCAAAUUUCAUCAGCAACUCAGAACCUGAUCUUUCUAUUGAUUGACUGGAGUCACCUCUAGAUAUUUUCAUGCUGAUUUGGAAGACCUUUCGUACAAUAAAAGGGGGAAAAAUGAGGUUAAGGAAGACUUUUGACCACUGAUCAGCAACUCUGGCCAAAACUUUCCCAAUCAAGUGAAUUGCAAAGUUGGCUUCUGUGCYGAGAGGAACUUUCCACAUCCCGAUCCAGCGUGCGGAGCGGGAUCAUCGCUGUUACCGCCUGGAUCUCCUUCGACUGGAGCACUUUUAGAUGAGGAGUUUCCAUGCUGAUCCCGAGAGCCACCCCUAGCCCAGUCGCUGCCUUCCUCGGGACUCUCGGCACUGCCCUCRCCCAGGGACCCCGCGCCUGGCCGCAGCUGCCAUGCUCUACCUGGCUGCUCUCCUCGUGCACUGCGUCCCCCUGGCCAUGGGACAGUAUGACAUUUGCAAGUCCUGGGUGACCACGGACGAUGGCCCCUCCUGGGAGUUUUACGCCUGCCAGCCCAAGGCCAUGAGGAUGAAGGAUUACGUGACCGUGCGGGUGGAUCCGGCGGGAAUCACCUGCGGGGACCCUCCGGAGAGGUUCUGCACCCAUGAGAACCCAUACCUGUGCAGCGACGAGUGCGACGCCUCCAACCCCGACCUGGCCCACCCGCCCAAGCUCAUGUUCGACAGCGAGGACGAGGGGCUGGCUACCUACUGGCAGAGCGUGACGUGGCGCCGCUACCCCGAGCCGCUGCUGGCCAACAUCACCCUGUCGUGGAACAAGAGCAUCGAGCUGACCGACGACAUCGUCAUCACCUUCGAGUACGGGCGCCCCACCAUCAUGAUGCUGGAGAAGUCGCUGGACAACGGCAGGACUUGGCACCCGUACCAGUAUUACGCUGAUGACUGCAUGGAGGCCUUCAGCAUGCCAGCACGGAGGGUCCGCGACCUCUCCACCACCAGUGCCAACAGGGUGCUCUGCACCGAGGAGUAUUCCCGCUGGGCGGGCUCCAAGAAGGAGAAAACCGUCCGCUUCGAGGUGCGGGAUCGCUUCGCCAUCUUCGCCGGCCCCGAGCUCAAGAACAUGGACAACUUGUACACGCGGCUGGAGAGCGCCAAAGGGCUCAAGGACUUCUUCACCGUCACCGACCUGCGCAUGAGGCUGCUGAGACCCGCCCUGGGGGGCACCUACGUGCAGAGGGAGAACUUGUACAAGUAUUUCUACGCCGUGUCCAACAUCGAGGUCACCGGCAGGUGUAAAUGCAACCUGCACGCCAACCUGUGCACCUUCAAGGAGGGCAGCCUGCAGUGCGAGUGCGAGCACAACACCACGGGGCAGGACUGCGGCAAGUGCAAGAAGAACUUUCGCUCCAGGUCCUGGCGAGCAGGGUCCUACCUGCCCCUGCCCAACGGGUCCCCCAAUGCAUGUGCAGCUGCAGGCUCAGCCUUUGGCACGUACGAGCGGCCGCAGCGAGUAAACACCGCCAAAACCACMGCAAAAACCACCACYGCAAAAACCAYCAGCACCACCACUACCACCASCACCUCAACCACCASCAGCACYACCACCAGCACCCCUCCACCAGCCACCACCACCCAGCCAGCAAGCAUCAUCAGACCAUCCUCUGAGUUYGCUGCCUCUGUGCCCGUGACAGAAACACAGAAAAAAUCAGGUAUUUCAAGCCAGCCCGCCGUGGUUUCGCCUUCUCCUCCGCACACCACRCUCGGACGGAAACUGAAGCCACCAGAGCCUCCCGAGAACAUGCGAGCGGCUCCGAAGAGCAAACCAGGGCGCACAGCACACUCUGCAGGCAAGAAGUACGGCAAGAAGAMAGCRUCCUCAAAGAGCUCAAAACUCAUCCGGCUCAAACCAAACUCUGGCCCCGUGGCUCCCAUUGAAAGCUACAGAGACUGCGAGUGCUACGGCCACUCCAACCGCUGCAGCUACAUCGACUUCCUGAACGUGGUGACCUGCGUGAGCUGCAAGCACAACACGAGGGGCCAGCACUGCCAGCACUGCCGCCUGGGCUUCUACCGCAACAGCUCUGCCGAGCUGGACGAUGAGAAUGUCUGCAUAGAAUGUAACUGCAACCAGAUCGGCUCCCUGCACGACCGCUGCAACGAGACCGGCUACUGUGAGUGCAAGGAAGGUGCCACGGGGCCCAAAUGCGAYGAUUGCUUGCCCAACUACUACUGGAGACAGGGCUGCUUCCCCAAUGUGUGCGAUGACGAGCUCCUGCUCUGCCAGAACGGCGGCACCUGCUACCAGAACCAGCGCUGCAUCUGCCCCGUGGGCUUCAAGGGSGUCCUGUGCCAGCAGUCCAGGUGUGAAGUGGACAAAAAGGACUGUGACGGUGCUGCCGGUGCCGGUGGCAGCCUGGGCACCGUGGCCAUGGGGGUGCUGGCCCUGCAGCUGCGUGCCUGGGUGGACCUGUGAGGCACAGAGGGAGCCCAGCCCGGGCGCGUCACCCGAGGGACCUGGGGACAUUGAGGUGACGGGUGGCUGUCCCCACCGCCUCCUCCGCCUUCCUUCACGCUAGGACUUGCACAGCCUCUUUCRGUCCACUUUCCAAGCAGAGAGGUACGCAGGGGCUGCCCACGGAGCCAGCCGGGUGUCCCAGCACCGAGCAGGGGCCGGGCGGUGACACGGGGACCUGUGCCAGGACACGGCCUGUCCGUCCGUCCGUCCAUCCGUCCAGGGACUCCGUCAGGGAGUCGGGCCCUGGGCAAACGGUGCCGCGAUCCAAGGGAGUUUUUUUUAUUACUCUAUUUACUUUGGUAUAGGCUGGGGUGUUCUUUUUAUUUUCCCUCCUCUUAGCGACCUGUUUUGGAAGAUGUCAUGACAUCUCAGUGUCCCACCACGCGACAGGCAGRGCAGGGGAGGGAGGGGAGAGGGGACUCCGGCCCAUCCCUGCUGCAUUGUCCCACAUCCCACCAUGGGCCUGGCCACGCACAUACCGUUGCCUACGACUGUAGUUGCUGCAUUGAUUUUGUAUUUUCAUGGCUGGGUUUUGUUUCCUUGCACUUAGGGAGAGCACAGGGGCCGUGAGGCGUUUGGAASGCGAGGAGUGCAGUGUCUUACCCACACACGUCCGUAUGGUGUACGGGUCAAAUACUUCUUUUGGUAGAGACUUAUUUUUGUUUGGAUUAAAUGUUAUAACAGAACCACAACCUAAAGGGACAUUUUGCCAUGAGCAUUUGAUUCCGGUGUAUCCUCCUCCAGUAAAGCAACUAUUAAUGGCUGCUUGAUCACCACGUUUUCCUUUUUGUGUGCACAGUUAAU